UCUAUUACCAGCUCGGAGGCGCUGCUACAGGAACCCCCCAUUACUCGACCACCCAACGCGUAACCAGAAAAAAGGACCGACUCCAACGCGUCAUAAUCAACCCCUCCACCCACCAAUAUCGUAAACCCCACACAGUCCACUGUGCCUCCAGGAAGCUACAGACAGAGCCGGUUAAUUGAAUUGACCAUCUCUAGGCCAAAUCUCAACCGGCCCGGCCUGGUUCCAUUCUCUACACUGACCUCGCCGUUUUCCCUACGAGGCACUUGCCCACCUGCCAAUAUAGCCUCCGUAACCAUGCCUUCUGUCGUGGAGCAGCAGCUGCUUGGUGACUCGGUGGUGUACGACUAUACGCCUGAGGGCCCGAGCACCCCUUCUGUUGCGCCGUCCCUUACCUACUCCGAUGACUCUGAGGACCAGGAUGAGCCGCAGCUCCCAGAGGAGACGCCCCGACGGCGUCGUGCUUCCACGAUGCUGAUUGCCCAGAGCCCGGCUGAUGUCCGUCGAAUCACGGGCGAGUCCACCCAGCAGUUGAUCAGUCGAUGCUGCGGCGGCGGUUGCUGUAUGAAUUCCCAGGACGGGGCUGAGGGUGUCGAAUAUGAGCAUGUCCCACUUCCUGACAAUGAUGCCUUCCGCUCUCUGUGCUUGAGAAUCCACGACAUUCCUACCGUCUUGACUAAGAUUCCAGACCUGCCGGAACAGUUCACUUUUCUCGAACCCCUCCCGCUUGUCUCGGGCAGCACGUCGCCCACCGACUCUACGUCCUCCCUCGGAAGCGAAGACGGCCCAGCCACCGUUGCGGACCAGCUUCGGAAUCUCGCCCUCGAAGAUCUGGAUACUUCAAUUCAGCCCCCGUCAUUCGUCCAACCACACUGCCCAUACAACGUCUUCCCCGCUAGGCUUCACAACACCCGCGAAUUGACAAAGCCCGGAGCCGAGAAGCGUACCUACCAUUUCGAUAUAGAUAUCACCGAUUAUCCUGAGGAGACAGGCAUAGACUUCAAGGUCGGGGGAGCUAUUGGCGUCUCUGCUCCUAAUGAUCCCGUGGCUGUGGAGAAGGUUUUUGACCUGCUCUUGGUCCCUCGGUUCCUACGCAAUAAGCCUGUACUGCUUCGGACCACGCGUGGUCGGUGGCCGACCGUCUGGGGUGAGGACGAAGCGCGGGAGUUGGUUACCACUCGGCGAGACUUGCUCACCUGGUGCUCCGACAUCCAGUCCUAUUCGCCCACCAAGUCCCUCCUGCGAGUCCUGGCCGAAUACGCCCUGGAUCCCAACGAGAAGAAGAUCCUCAUGUUCCUUUGCUCUAGCCAGGGACAGGGCAUAUUCUGUGACUUGAGGACCGGGCCCCACAUUUCUCUCAUCCAGAUCCUCAGUGCCUUCCCCUCUGCCAAGCCACCUUUGGAUCUGCUGUUUUCCGUACUCCAGCAGUUGAUGCCGCGAUUCUAUUCCCUCUCCAACGACCCUCACAAGUCUUACGAGAUCCGCGAUGGCAAGCAGCACCGUCUCAUCGAGAUAGCCGUCACCGUUCAAGAGACGGCCGACUGGCGGACGGGCCUGCGGACAGGCGUCGGCUCCGGUUUCCUGGAGCGCCAAUCGCACAAGUUCAUGGAGCUCCAGCGUGCGGGAGGCAAGGCCCCGAAAGUCUACAUUCCCAUGUUCAAGGGCCUCAUGGCCAACCCUCUGGCCAAGGAAUUCGUGUCCGAUGGACCGAUGCUCCUUAUCGGGGCUGGCGUCGGCAUCGCCCCGUUCCGAGGCUUCGUGCAGAGGCGCCUGAAGAAGGCGAAUUGCGCCAACAAGGUUUGGGUCCUUCAAGGUGUCCGCGACUCGCUCGUCGACGAGCUGUACGGCGGGGAAUGGGGAGUGCACGAGGAUCGGGUGAAGAAGGUGGUGCAGAGCCGACGUGGCGAGAGCCGUUACGUCCAGGACGAGGUUUUGAUCCAGGCAGACCUCGUAUGGUACAUCAUCAACUCGGUCGACGGACGGGUCUUCGUCUGCGGAAGCACCCAGGGGAUGGGAGAAGGCGUCGAGGAGGCCCUGAUCAAGGUGGCGAAGCUCAAGGGCAACCUAGAGCACGACGAGGCCAAGAGAUUCUGGGAUCUCAAGAGGGAGGGCGGCCAGUACAUCGCCGAGACGUGGUGAGGUCUGUAUCACUCUCGUCGACGUUUGCGGGGAACUUGAUUUCAUCCCGUCUGCUUCCGAACGCGCUAUGGCUAUACCUAAGCGCUCUCUGCUUAACAAGUUUCCUUUGCUUUAUUUAUUGGGUCAUAGCGUCCGGCGUUCUCAGAGAACAAAACAACAAAAGAAACGGUCUGGAGGUUGGGACGCUCACGCACGCUAGACUAAGGAACCUGAGGUGGCCGGGUCCGAUUUACGGAGGGAAAAAGGGGGGGGAUUUCUUAUCGCUCUUUCGCGCUGGCUUUACGGUGGUGCGAUGGAGCACCUUGCCGCAUGUGAGGACAUGACAGAAGCCAGGAGGGACAGAGGAGAAUACACGAGGUAGCCGAGAUAGCUACAGGGUAGUUGCCAUACGCAAUGUUGCUCCGGGGCAUUUCCUCUUGACACGACCAUCUAGGCAGAGAUCGGGAUAAUAAUACCUGGUAGCACCCGUACAUAGAUGCUAAUGAAACUAGUUGCGAAA